CAAUCAUGGUCCCCAGGAAUGGAGAAGCAACAGCAGUAGAGGCACUCUUGAAAUUCUCUUCAAUGGAGAAAUGGCAGAAUCAAAAUGAACUUGUGCGAAUGAACAUAGAAGGAAAUUAAAACGAUGUUCAGGAUUGCCGGCAGUCGGAGGAGACUCUACUGCUAUUAUUCUUCUUCUUCUUCCUUAUUUUCACCGUGGCUUCAGAAUCUCAGCGCUACUUUUAGCACAGGGCUACACCUCUCAUUAUCUCCUACAGAAUCUCAUUAUUCACAAGAUUAUCAUAGGCUCUUAUGCAUUCUUGAAGCAUGUAAGAUGUCACCGAAUUUGAGAACUACAGCUGGCGCACAUGCUAAUAUUAUUAAACUUGGUUAUGGAAUGUAUCCUUCUCUUAUUUCUUUGAUGGUAGUGACAUAUGCGUCUUGCGAUAGACUCAAUCUUGCUCGGCAGCUGCUUGUUGAAAUUCCUGCUGAGUAUUUUGAUGCUGUCUCUGCUAAUUUAAUGAUUGCUAGAUUUAUGAAGAUGGGGGCAGUUGAUGUUGCCAAGAUGAUAUUUAACGGAGUUCCCCUCCGGGAUUUGGUUACUUGGAACUCACUGAUUGGAGGUUAUGUCAAAAAUGACAUGUGUAAGGAGGCACUCAGUGUCUUCCGAAAGAUGAUGUGGUCUAAUGUUGAACCAGAUGGAUAUACUUUUGCAUCUAUCAUUACCGCAUGUGCUAGACUUGGAGCCAUUGAUCACGCUAAGUGGGUACAUCACUUAAUGACUGAGAGAAGGAUUGAACUAAAUUACAUCCUUUCUUCUGCUUUGGUUGAUAUGUACUCAAAAUGUGGAAGAAUUGAGAUAGCUAGAGGAAUAUUUGAUAGUGUUGACCGUACAAAUGUCUCUGUCUGGAAUGCUAUGAUUAAUGGAUUAGGAAUCCAUGGUUUUGCUUUAGAUGCAAUUGAGAUUUUCUCAUUGAUGGGGCCAGAAAAUGUUUCACCUGAUAGUAUUACUUUCAUUGGACUUUUAACAGCAUGUAGUCAUUGUGGCUUAGUUGAAGAGGGUCAAAAGUAUUUUCAACUAAUGAAAAAUAUAUAUUUGAUUCAACCACAACUUGAGCACUAUGGAACAAUGGUUGAUCUACUAGGCAGAGCUGGACUGCUUGAUGAAGCUUAUGCAGUAAUCAAGGAAAUGCCAAUAGAGCCUGAUGCAGUCAUAUGGAGGACAUUUCUCAGUGCUUGUAGAAUUCACAAAAAUUCUGAGAUGGGUGAAGUUGCUAGCACAAAAAUAUCACAUCUUGGUAGCGGAGAUUAUGUCUUACUGUCAAACAUUUAUUGUUCGACUAAGAAAUGGGAUAACGCCGAGAAAGUUAGAUGUGUGAUGAAAUGGAAAGGAGUUCGUAAAAAUAGUGGGAAAAGUUGGGUUGAAGUGGGUAAUGUUGUUCACCAGUUCAAGGCAGGUGACCGAUCACACCCUGAAGCUGAACUAAUAUAUAAAACUUUGAAGGAAUUGAUUCAUCGAACCAAAUUGGAAGGAUUUAGUUCCACGACUGAGUUGGUUUUGAUGGAUAUUUCUGAUGAGGAAAAGGAGGAAAAUUUGAGUUACCAUAGUGAAAAAUUGGCAUUAGCCUAUGGGAUCUUAAAAUCUAGUCCUGGAACUCGUAUUCAAGUUUCGAAAAAUCUUCGUACUUGUCCAGAUUGUCAUUCUUGGAUGAAAAUGGUAGCAAAGGUGUUGAAUAGGGAAAUCAUUGUGAGGGACAGGAUCCGCUUUCAUCACUUUGCAGAUGGUUAUUGUAGUUGUGGGGAUUACUGGUAGCAAUCCUUUGAAUUUCCAGUUGAGUUUGGUAAUUGAAGCUUAAGUAGACAUCUUAUAGUGAACUUCAUAAAAAUGAAAGACAUCUUAUAGUGGAUGUCUCAAAGAUUCUUGUGGCUCUUAUCUUGCCUGUUUCUAGCAUCGCACUGCUGUCUGCACUCUUUGUACAAGCACACCACAGUGAUGAUGACCUCCUUGAGUAGUAGUUGAGUAAAGUGCAUCUGGUUACAAUCAGUGUCAAAUGGUUUAUUCAUAUGCUUCAGCUCCAAGCUUUGAGAUAUCCCUGUCUGUGGAAGCAGUGGCAGAACCAGGAUUUUCAAUAAGGGGGUUCAAAAUCUAUAGAAAUAGACAGACGAAGUAGCCGAAGGGGGUUCGACAUCUACUAUAUAUACAUAAACAACUAUUUUAACCAUGUAUAAAUAAGAUAAUUUUCCGCUGAAGGGGGUUAGGAUGACCCCCCUUAGUAUAAGGUGGCUCCGCCCCUGUGUGGAAGAACUCGCUGAAGAUUACAUCCAGGAAGUUCUUAAGUUUAUUUUCUGGUCUUUGAGAAUCAAGAUUGAACAUCAUCCAGUUUGUCAUAUCAAAAUGAUAGAUAGAGAUGGAAGCUGGAUUCAUCAAGAACGCCAUCAAACUAGCAGAUCAGGUGGAAAAUAUAUCAUUUAUUUUCUACUCCAUGUAAAUCUGAAUGAUUAGUAAUGCAUAUAGAUGUAUAUUUGCAAUGUACUAAUGUUUUUCCUCAAAGCUAUUAAAAAGAGAGCACCGUCAACUUGAUCAAGUUGAAGCUUUUAGUGCAAUUACUUGCCUAGGCGUCCUGUAUAGGAACUAAUUGCAUUUUGCCUCCGUAAGUCUCCGGAAGCUGGCUUUCAUCAAUAUCUUGAAGUAAGGUUUCUGUCAGUUGUUUGUUUUCCACAAACAUGAUCUGUGAAGAUGGAAAAUAGUUUGGUGAGGAUGAUGUAAUACAAGUUGUAAUCAAGUCUCUCACAAAGUUAUCCUCGACAUCAACUGCAAGU